AUGCUCGCGACCUCACCACGCUGCGCGGCGCCAGGCGUGAACAGCCUGGCGCUGCCCCAGUUGAAGCGCAAGCGCUCCGAUUCAAGCGAUUCGAUCGCCGGUCAAGAUGCCCCGGUCGCAACGAAGUUGCGCGCAGAUGAUACACCUGGUAAUCCGGUCGCGAUCGACCAAAACUCAUCUCUAGCCGUCAGUGGUGCGAAUACGGCCUCGCAGCAACCGACUUCACUUAGCGAUCGCGUAUCUCAACCAACCACUCCGUCCAAUCCGACGCAUCGCCAGAGUUCGGACCCGUCAGGGUCUCCAACCGCCAAACAGGACGCCACGCCGCGCAAAGUGAAUGUGGACCAGUUGCGCGAGACCUUGGAAGCUCAGUUAAGCUUGGAGGUGUUGUUGAAGCACAAUGAACUACGCUUGAUCGACCAAGAGAUCGCCAAAUGUCAAGUCGCCUUGGAACAGUUGCGAAGGUGCGCCGAGAUUCCGUAUCCUGGGUCGCAUGCCACGAGUCCAGCGGUCAGCAACGGGACGGGAAUGGCGGUGUUGGCUCCUGGAAAUGGACCUCCACCGCUCUCCCCGGCACCGUGGGGUGUAACGGAUGGCCCUUACACGCGCCACUAUGCCCGGUGGUUACUCCCCGACCCUCGUUUUGAUGGAGGUGAACUCGAGUCGGCAACCCCUCUAGCAUUUGGCGCACCCGGUACUCCGCUGGAGGGUCGUUCGACGCGUGGAAAUUCUGGUGGUGAAGGUGGUUCCUGGGCUAGCAAAUCUCGCCUCCAGAGGGGCUCCGGUAGCAUGAAGUUGCAAUCAUUGCCAAAUGGCUAUCCCCCGCCAAAGGAGAAAGCAGGCCCGAUGAUCAUCCGGCGAAAGUCGGAUGGGGUUCUGGUCAAACUUGUCUGCUUGGACUGUCGAAGAGACAAUUUCUCCAGCACGCAAGGAUUCAUUAACCAUUGCCGCAUUGCCCAUAAUAGGAACUUUGCCAGUCACGAUGCAGCCGCAGUAGCGUCGGGAGAGCCUGUGGAGGUGGACGAAGCCGGUGCGAUCGUUGGGGACAAAAAUAACACCUCCAGUACUGCCACGGCAGGCUACGUUCAUCCGCUCAUUCGAUCGGCCCACAUCAUUGAGUCGUCCUCCAAGGCACCUUCCGCGUCGGAAGCCUCCGGCGACAAUGCAACGCCCCGAAAUCGGUCGGUCUCUAGCCGGCAGGCGUCCUCCGUGGUGGAAACACCCCGUCCGUCUGCUCAUCAUGUUCCUAGUGGGCGCAAUACACCUGCGACUGCGAAGCCAGCGGAUGAUUCUUUCAUGGGCUCACCCGCUACCCCUCAUCUGUCAUCAUUAAUGCAGCUCAAGGGUGUUGGACUCGACUUGGACCGACUGGUCGGGGAGGCGAAGACCCCCAUCGACCUUAGUGCAUACUCAUCUGACGAAGGCGAAUCGGACGUGGAGCCGGCGCGACCGCCGGUUGACGUGAGUCACGGCGAAAAGCCAGCUGAAGCUCGUAUCGGCCGUCAACCAAUGCGGACAACAGCUCCACAAACUGGGACGCGGCCGCCGGGGAGCCGAAAGGGGGUGGAAAAGACGAGUCAUAAGCCCCUCACUUUGGAAACCCACACGCCACCGCGUCCCGCGCCCUAUCAAUCGCCGUAUGGGCCCCCAUCAUCGGUGGUCGACGACCUUCGUGAAGUGGACGGUGUCGAUCGGUCGGCCAACCUGAGUCCCAACACAGUCGAGUCGAACCAGGCUCCGAGUCUGGUGAGCGACGACGACGACUAUGAAGCUGCGUCGGACUCGGAUAGUCCGGGUCCUAGCUCAUCCGAGGCCGGGGAUCACGAAGAAGACUUCAGUCACAUUGAUGUGGAAGACGACGAAGACACCACCGGCUCCACGACGACCAGCGAUCCCAAAUCCGACCCCAGCAUGACUGGUGCCGCUCACCCUUCGACAUCCUUCUCCAAGCCGCUGGGACGCGGUAGUUCGAAGAAGAAAGAUGGGCUUCUCUCCGCGUCGAUCGUAUCCUUGAACCGUGGCAAGGAUGAGAAGCGCGUGAGCUUUGCCAGCCCCGACACUAGUCCUGCGAAAAGGAAGAAGGACCACAAGCGAAAGCCUAGUGGAGGACAAUAA